AUGAGUGACGGUGACGUGGUGGCCACCCUCAUGGCCAUGACGAGUUGCAGCGAGGAGGAGGCGGUCGGCUAUCUUGCCUGCGCCAACUUUGAUCUCGCGACCGCACACUCGCUGUACGUGGCGGAGCACGAACACCCGCCCGCUCGCCCGCCGGCACCACCACCACCACCACCACCACCGGCGCGGCAGGGCGCGUCUUCGCCGUCCGGGACGUCAGCCGCGGGCUCGCCGGGGUACACAACACCGCCGUAUUUGAUCAGCAGACUCGACGGUGGCGUUGGAGCCAGACAGGAGCCUUAUUCAACCGCGUCGCUGGGACGACAGGGGCCCUUGCGUCCUUCCAAUAUGCGGUUUCCACCGCCGUUUGAUGCGGAUGCUGAUCCAGACUCAACGUUGCCGUUUUUUGUGGCCCCUCCGUUUGUGCAUCAGGGAGGCACAUCCUUUUCACACUUCUGUGAGCGUGCGCUGGAAUGUGAUCGGUGGGUUUUAUUAAGCUUGAUUGGGGACAGCUUUUCAAGCGUUUGCGUCAACAGAGAUGUUUGGCGCUACGAGGGAGCAAGUGGGACACUUGAAAUGUUUUCAAUCUACCAGAUCAACGCAUCUUCAGAGCGUGGCGAGCAACUGGCCCACGGAUACCGCAUUGAUGUGUUGAGAGACCUCCCAACCCUGCUUAUCAUAAACCCCCUCACCACGAUGAAGGAGUCACGGGUGCCAUUAAACAUGAAGGGUAUAGCAAUCGAUGUCAGUGAGGUCAACGAGGCGUUACUUUCCUUUCUUGGAGAACGUGGGUCACCUUCACAAUGGGAGGAAAGGAAACUCGCAACCCGCGGUACGGGUGCGGUUCCCUUUAAAUGCUUUGGCUCACCAAUUGUGGUUGAGGAUGACGCUGAUGACACGCCUGAAAUUGUGGCAUCGCAGCCCGCGAAUGCGGCUACAGAACCACCGAUAGAAGUGAUUGACAUCAGCCAAUAUCAGGUGGAUGAGGGUGAGAAGCACGCCUUCUCUCUGCGCUGCCGGCUGCCGAAAGGACAGAUGACAUUGCGGCUUAAACCUGAGACCCCGGCGUACCUGUUAUUGGAGUACUUGGCCUACCGCGCCUAUCAGGAUCAGCCAGAGGCAUAUCCACAGGGUGUUCCCAAGUGCUCGCUCAAGACAGGGUACCCACCCAGGGAGGUAAAUGUUAAAAGUCGGGGGGUGCAGUUGGGGACAUGGGACGAUGUGCACUCCGGGGACACUGUGUUUCUUCACAUUCAGUGA